UCACAAAACCUGGCAAUAACUUGACCUGUAAAAUGACGCUAGAAUGACGUAAUCCGCCCUAAUGUGCAGCGCGCGCUGUGCAGUGACCCUGCGCGGCUUCCGUCUCAGAUGACGUUGUGGUCCGACAGCUCGCGCACUUCAGUCUCUCCACUUCAGCACCGUUACCGUUUAAUUUCAUUCUCACAACUCGACUCGGACAAUGAAACAAAUCCUUUUGUUUACGUCCUGACGUCUGGGACGGUGCUCAAUGCAGCUCCGGAACCGAUAAUGGACACUAGCGACAACAAGGAUAUGAAGUUGUCGGCUGAAGUCGAGCCGUUUGUUCCACAGAAGAAAGGUGUAGACUCCACCCUAUUGAACAUGAACCUAUCUGGAGACAGCGCAGGAGCUAUGGGGGCGGAGCCAACCCCAAUCCCCUCCUACCUCAUCACCUGCUAUCCGUUUGUGCAGGAGAACCAACCCAACAGUAGGCAGUUGCCGGUGUAUAAUGGAGAAGUGCGCUGGCAGCAGCAGUGUGGUUCUGCCCCGUAUGUGGCGUAUUCGUUUGUCUCUUCGCCUCCUCAGCCUGCUGCAGUGUGUAAUGAUUAUUCUUACUGCCCCCUGCUGCCACCCCCCUGCCCUCCCCUCAUGGGCUUCUACCAGCCCCUUACUUCCCCCUAUGCCGCUCCCCUGCCCUCUGGCAUGGGAAACUCCGUAUCGGACACCUGUCUCAGACCCCCACAGCCACAAGGGCAGCCAGUCAGCAUGGGUGCACAGAGAGGGAGAGGAGUGGCUAGAGCACCUGUCCUGCCCAAGCAGGUGGCUCAGCCAAUCAGAGUAAAGCGGCCGGUGAUGCGCAGCGUGGCGGUACAGAAGGAGGUGGCAGCUGCAGGGCCUGAUGGGAAAUCACGCACUAUACUGCUGGUGGAUGCUGCUCAGCAAACUGACUUCCCUGGAGAGCCAUGCAGCAGCAGCAGGUGUGUGUCAGACAGAGUGAGUCCUCUGCAGUUCAGAGGGAAGGUCAGACGCCGAUGCUCGUCUCAGAUGGCCGAGUCAUCCAGUGAGCACGGAGCCAGUGAAGCCGACAUCGACAGUGACAGUGGCUACUGCAGCCCCAAACACACACUGGGUGUUGAAGCUGGAGUCAUGACUGUUCCACAGAAACCCUGGACAGACCGAAACUUGUCAUUCCACAGGAAUAAAAUGGUGGAUCAGAGGAAUUACUCUCAGGAGUUUCAGAUGGGCUUUAAUGGCCGUGGUGUUGGUGGAGCUGUAGUGGGACAGAGGAGACUGCAGCAGGGUGGAGCUCAGUCUGAACACACACCUGAACCGCUCUACUUCCAGGAUGAAGAGGAGUUUCCUGACCUGGCCACAGGGGGCAGUGUGCAGUGCAACAAACCAGAACAAGUACAGCUCAAAUUGCCCAAACCACUGUUGGAUAAUCUUCCAGAGAAUUCUCCCAUCCACAUUGUUCAGACUCCUAUUCCCAUUACAACUUCAGUGCCCAAACGAGCCAAGAGUCAGAGGAAAAAAGCUCUGGCAGCAGCGUUGGCUACAGCACAGGAGUACUGUGAGAUCAGUAUGGAACAGAGGAAACUGCAGGAGGCUCUGACUAAAGCAGCAGGGAAGAAGAGCAGAACUCCAGUACAGCUGGAUCUGGGGGACAUGCUGGCUGCACUGGAGAAACAACAACAGGCAAUGAAGGCACGACAACUUAACAACACCAAACCCCUUUCAUAUACAGUGGGUACAACUUCAGUUUUCCAAAAUAAGGAUACAGUGUGUAAGAGUGUAAUGAAAUCAUACACUCCUCCCCACAACAUGCUCGACUCCACAGCACCUAAAAUCAAGAGGGGCAAAGAGCGAGAACUUCCCAAAGUAAAGAGACCUACUGCCCUAAAGAAGGUGAUCCUGAAGGAGCGUGAGGUGAAGGCCAAGUUGUGUGUGAAGGAGCAGCCAGAUGGCGAGCUUCACUUCACAGACACACUCACACAGGAGACAGUCUCACAAGAGGAGAAUGGUCUGAGCAUGCCCAGUGACACCUCACUGUCUCCAGCCAGUCAGAAUUCUCCAUACAGCAUCACACCGGUGUCACAGGGUUCUCCAGCCAGCUCAGGCAUUGGUAGCCCCAUGGCCUCAUCCACCAUCACCAAAAUACACAGCAGGAGGUUCAGAGAAUACUGUAACCAGGUGCUGAACAAGGAGAUUGAUGAGAGUGUCACUCUGCUGCUGCAGGAGCUAGUGCGUUUUCAGGAGCGAGUGUAUCAGAAGGAGCCAGCUAAAGCUAAAGCUAAGCGCCGCUUGGUCAUGGGUUUGCGUGAGGUCACCAAGCAUAUGAAGCUCAACAAGAUACGAUGUGUGAUCAUCUCACCCAACUGUGAGAAGAUCCAGGCCAAGGGUGGUCUGGAUGAGGCUCUGUAUAACGUGAUUGCAAUGGCCCGUGAGCAGGAGAUCCCAUUUGUUUUCGCUCUGGGGCGUAAAGCUCUUGGCCGCUGCGUUAACAAACUUGUCCCUGUCAGCGUGGUGGGAAUCUUCAACUACUCCGGAGCAGAGGCUUUGUUUAACCGUCUGGUGUCUCUGACGGAGGAGGCUCGCAGGGCGUAUAAGGAGAUGGUGUGUGCUCUGGAGCAGGAGCAGGCUGAGGAGGCUCUGAAGAAUGUUAAGAAGGUUCCACACCAUAUGGGUCACUCACGUAAUCCAUCAGCUGCCUCAGCAAUUUCCUUUUGCAGUGUCAUCUCCGAACCCAUCUCUGAGGUCAAUGAGAAGGAGUACGAGACCAACUGGAGAACGAUGGUGGAGAACUCUGAUGCCCUAGAACCUCUGGAGAAUGAGUUUAACAGAACAAGUACAACUAAAGACACAGACGGAAGCACAGAUGGCACAAUGUCCCAGAUGGGUUUAUCCACCUCGUCCUGUAGGGAGGAAGGGCGCACGGAGGACGGAUUGGAGCGAGCUUCUGAGCAGAGCACAGAGACGGGGUCUCUGGAUGGGAGCUGCAGGGGUCCGACCACCUCAUACUCAUCCAUCACCAGCGCCAGCAGCAUCACGCUGGUUCCCGGUGCACUGGGCGAGGAUGAUGAGGAGGACGAGGAUGAAGAUGAGGAUGAGGAGGAUGAGUACACACCCACACCCAUCCUGGUGGAGGUUCCUCCUUUGAGUAGCAUGAUUGAGACAUGGGUGAGCACCACACUGGAGAACCUGCAGCUCUCUGGGAAAACACACGGUGAGGAAGAGGAGGAGGGGGUGGAGGAGGGGGGGAAGGAGGAAGAGGAGGAGGAAGAUAUCAGAGGAGUGAGCGAUGAAGAGGAUGAGAUCGGGUCUUCUGUGGAGGAUAAGCAGAUUCAGAAAAACUCUGAAUGACACACACACACACACACACACACACACACACACACACACUUCCUGCUAUAUCACCCACAACAAUCUCAGGAAACUAACUUGGACAGACCACACACUUCCUGUAGUCAUGCAGCUACACACACACACACACACACACACACACACACACACACACACACACACACACACACACACCCGUCCAUCUCUUUCCAUACUUGAAUGAGUUACACUCCUUAGUUUUUGUGUGUUUGUGUUGAUGAUGAUAAUGUGUUUUGUACAUUUAAACUCACUUCACACACACACACACACACACACACACACACACACACACACACACACACACGUGCACACACACAGCCCUGCUUUAUGUCUGCUCACAUGUUAAGGGAUUAGAUAACAGCUUUUUUUCUCCUGUAUUUAUUCUUAAAAUCAACAACAUUUUGAUUAUUAUUAUCAUUAUUAUUAGUAACGAACCCUUUCCAGCUCGACACACACACUUUUAUUAUUAUUAUUCGUUUAAAUGACAGAUUAUUGUGAUGCAUUAUGAAAGCUUGACCCUGAUUGGUUAAAAUCCUCACUCUUUUGUCAUUGCUUGUUGCUACAUGGCCGAAUGUGUGUGUGCCACUAAACAGCGAAUUAAUGUGUAAAUAGUGUGUAAAAGUUGUUUCUACUAAAUUAUGUGCUUCUUAUUUAUCGUGUUUGAAAACCGAUGGAACAAAGUUGACAUUUUCUUGGUGUUGGUUUUAAAUCUUGUGUUUUUCUCCUUUCUCUGGACGUGUGCUGAUAAAUCACAAUAAUGACUUUAUAUCUCACAACGUUAGUGCUUUUUAAACACAGCUAGCUGUUCUGAAUAAUAAAUCGACCUAAUUUACCCUAGACAGCUAGUUCUGUAUGUCGCUUAUCAUGUGUGAGAUGAAUUUUAGCAACAAAUCAGUUCAUGUGUUUAUUCACCUUUCGCUGUAGACAUAAAGCGUAGCACAAAACAUAGUGAGUAAUUAGCCUGAUGUUGUUAGCUAGCUUGCUACAUGUAACCAUCAUGAAUUGACAUGUUUUACAUUGACAUGUUGAACUCCUGACCUGAGCAGCCUAUUGAGUGUGAAUGUUUGUAGCAGACAUGCUAACAGUGUUGUGCUUGUUUAGUGUAUAAUGUGUGUGAUAAUCAGCACAUGGCUAGCAUGAUGAUUACUGAUCUGUACAGGUUCAAUUAGCUUUAGGCUCUUUUUUCUUUUGUUUCUUUGUAUUCCAUUUAAACUGUCUUCUUUAUGUCUGGAUGUACCAUUAGGUCUGAAAGUCUGAAUGCACAACCAAGAACUUUAUUCUGUUCUACAUUUAAACUAAUGAUAUUGUACAGUAAACAAUCAUACACUUACUGCGUCACUCAUAGGUGUUAGCCUGUUAGCGUUAGCCUGUUAGCGUUAGCAUGUUAGCCUGUUAGCGUUAGCAUGUUCACAAAUGAUUCUCUACGUUUAAAAAUCUCUCUUUGAAUCUAACUGAAUAAUUUUUUUAAGAAUAAAUAAUAAACGACUCCUGGAGUGAUUCAGUUAGAUCCAAACUCAUUUAUACACUGAUUCGUCUCUGUGUCGCUGAUUCUUGACUGACGUGAACUUAAAUCUGUGAACCAACUUUUUGAAAAAUUUGCAUACAUUUAGAUGUGACUCAUUUACUGAUUCACUUAAUAAUAAUAAUAAUAAUAAUAAUAAUAAUAAUAAUAAUAAUUUCAAUAAUGUUAGUUCAAUGGUGGUGAAUCAGACUUUAUGGCCGUGAGCAGAUGAAGGAAUCGUUCAUUUAUUAGAUUUAUGAACACACAGUCACUGUGUGUGUGUGUGUGUGUGUGUGUGUGUGUGUGUGUGUGUGUGUGUGUGUGUGUGUGUGUGUGUGUGUGUCUGUCAGCUUUGACCCAGGAUCAGACUUUCACCUAAUGUAGCAACAAUAAAUACAAAAACAGUUUCUGUUUCAGAGCUGACUGUGUGUGUGUGUGUGUGUGUGUGUGUGUGUGUGUGUGUGUGUGUGUGUGUGUGUGAGACUGUGUGUGUCAGACUUUCCACUCAUAUUGUCUAUUUUCUUUUUCUCCAAUUUCUGUCAUUUUAUAUUCUCUCCUUUUAGCUUCUCAUGAUGUUCUCUCUCUCUCUCUCUCUGUUUGUCUCUCUCUCUUUCUCUCUCUCUUUCUCUGUCUCUCUCCGUUUCUCUCUCUCUGUCUCUCUCUCUUUCUCUCUCUCUCUCUCUAGAAUGAAAUUGUAUUAUAUCGUCUUGACUCACCUUUUUGUGGUGUUGUAGCUUUAUUUGGUUGAAGAUUGUUUUACACACACACACACACACACACACACACACACACACACACACACACACACACACCCCAGAUUGUGUAGAAUAGAUGUGUGUGUUGGGGUUAGGGUUAACCCUAACCCUAGCGCAGUGUGAUUUGUCCUUAUGUGUGUAAACUGUGUCAUUUGCACUAUGUAAAUAUGGCAGACUGAUCGUGAUUGUGGUGUUAAUGUGAAACGGUGAUAUGAAGGAUUUCUGUCAUGCUGCUUGUGUUACUGUGGGAGCUUCUAUACAACACACACACACACACUCUCUCUUUUUAAUGUGCUCUUUUUGACAUCUGACCAAUUAACACCAUUAAACUCUUUUAAUGAAAACCA